GGCAAAGAGAGAUACCUACUUAGGUAUUCGUACAUAGAGAGCGAGAUAAAAAUACAACUACUACCGCAUUUCCCCUCUUCUCGCCUGUCUCGUUUUUUCUUCUUGAAGGCAGAUCGGGCUUUGUCUCGUUUUCAGUGCAAUUGCAACUGCAAUUGCAAUUGCCUCUCAUCCCGCCAACAAGCCACUUUUUCACAUAGCGGUAUUCCUAGCUGAGCUACUUGGCUACAUCACAACAAGGAAGCCAUGGACACGACUGUUGAUUUUAGUCCGUAUCGCCAGGAUGGCAAGCUGUACGGAUUCGUGUGUGUUGUCACCGGGGCUUCGAUGCCCGUCGGCCAGGCCAUCAUUCAAGAACUAGCGGCCCACGGAGCAGCCUCCAUCUACGCCUGCGAUCGAGCCGCGACAACGGCCGGCAGCACAUACAGUGACCUGGUGGAGAGCGUGGCGCGGACGGCGCCCAACACCAAGAUCAUCCCGUACCCGUUCAACGUAGCCAAGGAGGACGAGACGCUGCUGCUGAUCGACGAGGUGCUCAACGCCUUCGGGCGGCUUGACGUGUGGGUGUGCUCGUCGGGCCUGCUGGGCCCGCCGUCGAUCCACGAGACGACGGCUGACGACCUGCACAAGUGCUUCGAGGCGCACUCGGUGGCGCCCUUCUUUGCGCUCAAGCACGUGCCGGCCGCUAUGGCCAAGGAGAUGCGCAUCGUGACGUCGUCGUCGGCCCGGCCAGAAGACACAGCAGAGCCACCGCCGCCGCCGUAUCCCAACGCGGCGCCCAAGACGCAAAAGUACGGCAGCAUCAUUGUUAUUAGCAGCGUCGCGUCGACGUACGGCGGGUGCUGGGGGCCGGCCUUUACCAUGGCGGCGCACGCGGCGCUCGGCGUGGUGCGCGCCGGCGUGGCCGUGCUCAAGGGCUCCAAUGUCCGCAUCAACUGCAUCUCGCCCGGCCAGAUCGACGUCGGCGUCGACCUGCACGGCAUGGACACACGGGGGAUGGCGUCGCAGUUCCCGCCAGCGAGUCUUCAGGAAAAGGAGGCGCAAGAAAAGAUAAUUGGCCUGGAGCGAGCAGGGCGGCCGCAAGAGGUUGCGAGGGUUGCCGGGUUCCUGGCCAGCGGCUUCUCGUCGUACGUAACGGGCGCGAACCUGGUCGUGGACGGCGGCGCAUCAAUCAUGAAUCCCAUGACCAUCCCGAUCUGAUGGGUGGAAAGAGCAGGUGCCUUGUUUAGCUGUGGGGAACGGAGGACACUUGGCCUGGGUUGGUUACGGACUAGAGUAGCGCCGGAUAACGGAUAUCGACGGCCCAUCUAUGCACCACUGCUAGCCUGUAUACAGGGGUAGUUUCUGAUAAGAUAACACAGCAGCAUAGCGUAGCAGCAGCAGCAGGGAAGCGGGGUAGCGGGGUAGCUCCAGCCAAGCUAGUUCUCUUACCUAAAUACUGGAGGAGUGCGGAUACAGUGAGACAGACAUCCACCCCCCUAGCUUAUUACCGCCA